AUGGGAGCCUUCACACCACGUGAUGUUUGUAAAAUGAGCGAGAGUCCUCUUCAAUUAUUUGAUGAUCAAGGAAAACGUAGUAUGAAUGAUAUUGGUACACCAAAUUAUAUAGAAGGAAAUCUUAGUAAUAAACGUUUUACAACUUUGACUCUUACGGUGUUUGAUCAAGAUAAUUCUCGACUCGGACCUGUUCUUAUUUUCAAAGGUAAAGGCCAAAUGUCGUCAAGAGAGAAGAGCCAAUACCCAGUGAAAAAUUUUAGGGAUUAA